UCAUUCCGUCUAUAAUAUUGUUUACUUCUAACGAGUCUAUAAAUUUCGAUCACGUUAUUAAUUGUUUCUUCGAUUUGUCUCAUUUUAACACAUAAUCUCCUCAAAGAAAGAAACGCUAGCAUUAUGGGACACGUGUCGAAAUGCAUUCUGGGACAGCAGUUCCGUGCUUUGUUAGCUGUUUAGCUAGCUUGCUAGCUAGCUGUGUAGUACCUGCGCGCUGAUUUAGUAGGAAAACUACAAACGGUUCAAUUUUUAAUACACCUAAUAUAAUGCUUGGAUUGUGAUCCAGUAACAGUUUAUUCAUACUAGUUUUAUUAAAAAUGCCAAAUUUUUGCGCGGCUCCGAACUGCACCCGGAAAAGCACUCAGUCUGAUCUGGCUUUCUUUAGGUUUCCAAGAGAUCCCGAAAGAUGCAGGCUGUGGGUGGAGAACUGUCGCCGCGCGGAUCUGGAAGAGAAAACUCCUGAUCAGCUAAAUAAACAUUACAGGCUUUGUGCCAAGCAUUUUGAACCUGCAAUGAUUUGUAAAACAAGCCCUUACAGGACUGUGCUGAGAGAUACUGCAAUUCCGACCAUUUUUGAUCUAACCAGCCACCUCAGUAAUCCACACAGCAGACACCGGAAACGCAUCAAAAUUUUGACAGAUGAGGAGGUGCGAAAAAUCAAAGAGCGAAGAUUGGAGUCUUCAUUAGAACAGUUGCUUUCAAAAAAGGAUACGACUGGUGAGGAUGACGCAGAGGUUGAAGACGUACCCCAGCUGACUGCUCAUCAGAAAGAACUAAGAGAGUUCCUGAGGUCUUUGUUUGAAGUGAUUGUUUUAAUAGGGAGACAAAACAUCCCGUCAAGUUUCCAGGCAAAAGAAGAGCCGUUAAACACGAGCACGUUUCAGGCUUUGCUGGAAAACCGCAUUAACGCUGGCGAUGAAGUUCUUCGAGCGCGGUUUGAAGCAGCAGCUGUUACUGAGGAAUUUUGUCCAGGAGCGCAGCAGAAGCAGCUGCUGGAUGUUUGUGAGCGAUGCAUUCGCGACGAACUUCUGCAGGAAGUAAGAGAAAGCCGUUUCUUUUCGCUGGUGACCGGGGAGCUGGUGGAAUUUCCAGAAGGUCAGCACAUCCCAGUGUUUUUGCGUUUUGUGGACCAAAGUAACACUCUCAGGGAGGAGUUUGUAGAGUUCCUCUUGUUUGAAGGAGAGGAGAAGUGUAUGGCAGAUCGAUUGGAGUCUCACAUCAUGAAGGAAUGGGAUCUUAACAUGGAACAUUGCAGAGGUCAGGCACACUCAGGCUCCGGUGUUUUAGGCAUUAAGAUGAAAUCCGUAGCCAACCAACUGAUGGAGAAAUACCCAAUGGCCAUGAACACACCAUGUGCGACUUAUGCACUUAACAUACACCUAGCUAACAGUAUUCCACUCACCGGCGUUCAAGUCGUGAUGUCGGUUCUUAAAAAGACAGAUGCCUUCUUUAAGGCUUCUCCACAACUGCAGGCUGAGCUAGACAGCGCCAUCUCCAUCCUCUCUCAGGGCAACACUGAGAAAGGAGACGAGCUCAAAGAGAACUGUCGUGCCACCUGGACGGAGCUGCAUAAUGUGUUCGAGAUGGCUGUUGAAUUGUUAGAGCCACUUCUGCUCUGCAUGGACAGCAUCCAUGACAACGAAGACCUGAAAUGGAAUGACCAGUUUACCGGCGAUGCGUAUGCCAUCUCCGAGGCUUUGGCUGACUUUGAGUUCAUCGUUACUCUGGUGGUGAUGAAGAACGCUCUCUCAUUCACAAGAGCCUUUGGUAAAAACUUGCAAGGAGAGACUCUCGAUGUGUAUUUUGCGGCCAGCAGCCUGACGGCCGUCUUGCAUUCUCUGCAUGAAGUCCUAGACAACAUUGAAGUUUACCAUGAGUACUGGUUUGAGGAAGCUGUGAAUCUAGCCACAGCGAUGGAGAUCCCAGUCAAAGUGCCCCGACUGUUCCUCAGAAAGCAACGGGCGAUCGAAACGUUAGAAAUCCAGGCCGAGGCCUUUUACAAAGAAUACCUAACUCUUCCGCUCAUGGAGCACAUCACUCAGGAAGUGAAGGACAUGUUCUCAGAUAACCAUAUCAGGGCUCUUAAGUGCCUGUCUCUCGUUCCAGCAGUUAUGGGCCAGAUGAAAUUUAACACCUCGGAGGAAGCCCAUGCGGACAUAUUCCGAAGCGAUCUUCCUCAGCCAGACACACUGCCUGCGGAGCUUCACUGCUGGAGGAUCAAAUGGAAGCACAGGGGAAAGGAAGUCAACUUGCCGUGCACCAUUCAUGAAACAUUGCAGCACUCGGACGUCAAGUUCUUCCCAAACGUUAACGCCUUCCUGAGAAUUCUGGCCUCUUUACCCGUGUUGGCGUUCGGAGGUCAGGGAGGCACUGGACAGAAACGCCUACAGGCUUACCUUUCAGACACACCAGUGAGGCACAGGUCAAAGAGUUUGGCUGUGCUGAAUAUCAAUUAUCAUGUUAAAUUAGAUCUAGAUGAAAUGGUUGAAUGUUACAUCAAAAGUCACCCGGAAGAAGAAAGUUCAAAUGAAUAGUGGCCUUUACAGAGACUCAACAGUGGAAAUGUUGCUCAAAUCACACUGUGCUUGUGCAGAUUAAAUUAUUUAUAUUUUUCUAAAUGGUGUAUAUAAAUUUGACAUUUUGCAGGAUUAUUAUUUCGGUGUUCCGGUAGACAUUACAACGUUUAAUGUAUUUAUACAGUUUUAUAUUAUGCAGACCUCAUGAACUUUAAAUGCAUUAAAUCAUGGGUAUAAAUUAGUGUGUAUAGUUCACUGGUGUGAAACUUCAAUAAAUAUGUGAAGGUGAAUAUGUUAACAGGCUGAAACAUAAAUGUUGCAUCGUUUUUACAUCUGUACUUCAUCUACUGUAAAUAAACGUCACUGAUUUUUAA